CCCUUGCACCUUCCCUCCCGGCACCUUCCCUCCCCGCACCUUUUCUCCCCGCAUCUUUUCUCCCCGCAUCUUUUCUCCUCGCACCUUUUCUCCCCACACCUUUUCUCCCCACACCUUUUCUCCCCGCUCCUUUUCUCCCCAUACCCUCUCUCCCCCUUUACCUUUUCUCCCAGCACCUUGUCCCUCCCGCACCUUGUCCCUCCCGCACCUUCUCUCCCCCAUCACCUUGUCCCUCCUCCCGCACCUUCUCCGCCCCGCACCUUGUCCCUCCCUACUCCUUCUCCCGCUGCGGGUCCUCGCUGUCCAUCCUCCAUCGCCAGCCCCGCUCCCGUCACCGGUUCCCCAGCCCCAACCCCUGCUCUUUCUCCCGCCGCGGCUUCUCUCGCUCCAUCCUGGGGAGCCUGGGUCGGUGUCCGGCCCCGCACCGUCCAUCCCCUGUCCCUUCCGGCCCCGCACCGUCCGUCCCCUGCCCCUCUCCCUUGAGCGUCCAGCGGCGCUGUGCAGCCCAGGUCGGGUCCGAUCUGCCCCGGGGCCUCACCGACCGACACAUCUGCAGCCCUCUGACGGGGCAGGCCGACUCACAGGACUGGAUGAUGCUCCCGUGGGGCCGGGGAACUGCAGGGCCCCGUGCCUGGAGGGGCACCAGGAAGCCACGUCUCCUCUUCCUCCUCCUCCUCCUCCUCCUUUCUCUCUUCCUGGUCCAAGCAGCAGAUUUGGCAGGCAGCAGGGAGCCGCAGUUUGUCUGGAAAGCAGGACCCUGGGGCAGGUGCACUGGUGGCUGUGGUGGCGGGGGAACGCAAACCCGGACUGUGAGGUGCUUCCAUGUGGAUGGCCGGACGAGCCCUCAGGCCCACUGCCUGGAUGAGGACAAGCCCGAGGAGGAGAGAGGCUGCUUCCGUGCCUGCACGUGGCACAGAGAGUUCUUUGAGUGGGAGGUGGCUGAGUGGGACGCGUGCCAGCUGGUGCCCCGGGUUCCCACCACCGACCCCGGCCACCGCGCCAUCGGGACCCAGGAGCAAACCUGCACCACCGCCCAGCCCGGUCUGCAGCGACGUCCGAUCCGCUGUGUUCAGAAGCAGAACCGCACACAGGUACUGGUGGAUAUCUGCGAGCAGCUGGCCCCACGCCCACCGGGCGAGCAGGCCUGCCUGAUGCCCUGCCCCAGGGGCUGCGUGGUCUCGGAAUUCUCCAGCUGGUCAGCCUGUGGCCCGCGCUGCGGGGCAAGUGUACAGCACCGGAUCCGCACCCUCCUGGUUCCUCCUCUGUUUGGGGGCGAGGCCUGCCCCAGCCUGAGUGAUGUCCGUGGCUGCGAGUCCCCUGCUGCCUGCACCCUUGGGGAGCCGGACGUCACCACCAGCCUGAGUGCCGGGCCUUGGAGUCCCUGCCGCCCACCGCCCCGCAGGGAAUUGGCCUCUAGCAGAAGGACCUUGCUGGACUUCAGCUCCAAUCGCAACGAACGCAGCCCCAUUCGCCGGCAGAGUUACCGAGCAGCACAGCGCCUCCCGGGGCCUCGGCCCCCCGAAAUCGGAUACCAAACCCGCCAGGUGCGAUGUGUGCGCAGCGACGGACAGAGCGCCCCACUCAGCCUCUGCCUACCAGGCAGCUCUCUAUCGACGAUGCGGUCCUGUGCCCUGCCUGAGGACUGCGAGACCACUGACUGGUCCCCCUGGAGCCUCUGCUCCAAGACCUGCCAGUCAGAGGACCACUCCCCAGGGCUCAGGAGCCGAAGGCGGAGGGUUCGGCGUGUUGCCGUGGAGGCAGGACGGGAUUGCCCGGCAUUGCUGGAGACGGAGGCCUGUAACCUUGGAGGAGACACUCUACAGCCAUGCCCCAGGUUUUCCUGGAAGACUUCUGAGUGGAAAGGGUGCCAGCCGGGCCUUCUGCUGGAGUCCCAGAAUUCCCGUCAGAGAGCAGGAGCGGUAGCCCUUUGUGGCGGGGGCCUUCAGAUCCGGGAGGUAUUCUGUGUCCAAGAGGGGCCUGAGACCUCAGCCCUGGUGUUCGGCGGGGAAGGCUCCAGACCUGUUGAGAGGAAGCUAUGCCCUGGGCCUGCCCCUUCUGCCAUUCAGCUGUGCUACGUGCCCUGCUCAGUGGACUGCAUGCUGUCUACCUGGUCCACCUGGGGCUCCUGUCUUCCGGAAACCUGCCGAGAUCCUCAGGGGAAAAAAGGAUUCCGAAUGAGACAGCGGCACGUUGUCAUAGAAGUCGUGGGCCCCACUGGCCGCUGCCCUCACUUGGUGGAAGCAAGUCUGUGUGAGGAGCCGGCGUGCCAUCGGUGGAAGGUGGAGGCCGCCCACUGCGUCCCCGAGCAUGGCACCUGUGGUCCUGGGCAGCGCAAGCAGAGGGCUGAGUGCAGAGAUGCCCAAGGUGAAGUGGUGGCCCCCCAGCUCUGCCCCUCACCCCCUCCUGAUGAGUGGACAGCUUGCACAGUCCCCUGUGACUCAGACUGUGUACUCAGCGAGUGGACACAGUGGACGCCAUGCCCCCAGGCCUGUGUGGGGAAGAGUGGGGAGGGGAUGCAGAGCAGGACCCGGGCAGUCUUGGCCCCACCUGGCGAUGGUGGGAAACCUUGCCCCUCCGGCCAUGCCCUGCAUCAGCUCCGCCCUUGCAGCGAUCACCCCUGCACACGAUUCUACUGGGAGGCGUCAUCCUGGGGACCCUGUUUGGAUGCCGUGGGGACGACUUCCCUCAAUUCCACCAUUGGCUGGAACGGAGAAGCCACAUGCGGCGUGGGGGUCCAGACCCGGAAGGUUUCCUGUGUGAACAGUCAUAUUGGACCAGUUGCUUCAAAAAGGUGCCCGGAUGCCCUCCGACCUGAGACGCUUCAACCGUGUCUGCUCCCGUGCCGGCGGGACUGCGUGGUGACACCGUUCAGUGAGUGGACACCCUGCCCGAGCUCCUGCCGCCCAGGGAACGGCCCCCGGGCCCGCCAAUCCCGCUACAGGGUGAUCGUCGAGGAGGCGGCCCCCGGCGGGCGCGACUGUCCAGACACCUUGUUUGAAGAGCGGGAGUGUGAUGCCGCCCAGCCCUGCCCCAACUUUCGGUGGAAGACCCAUCCCUGGAGCCCGUGCAUCCUGGUGCCCGAGGUGGUGAGACAGGCAGCGCUGGGCAGCGGUGAGGCCUGCGGGCAAGGCUUACAGUCCAGGGCGGUCACCUGCGAGGCGGAGGCUGCCCAGCCAGUGGAGAUGGAGGAAUGUCUGCGGGGGCCAGACCCCAUGCCGCCUCUGCUGCAGCCGUGCCUGCUACCCUGCAGAGAUGAUUGCACCUUCACUCCUUGGUCCAGGUUCACACCCUGCUCUGCCAACUGCACCUCGACCAGGACCCGGAGGCGGACCCUCACAGGAAGAAGCAGGAAGCGGGAAAGAUGCCUGGAUGGGGAAACUUACCCCCUGCAGGAAACGGAGCCAUGCCCAUGCCAUGCGUUCAGGGCCCAACCCUAUGGGGACUGGUCCGACUGCAUCCUGUCUGACAGUGUCCACGAGCAACAGCCCAGACUGGGCCCUGUUGGAGGAAGAGCCCAUGGCUGCGGGGAAGGUUUGCGCCUGCGAGCUCUGGCCUGUCUGGACGCACUCGGGAGGCUCGUGGCCCUGGAACACUGCGGUGGCUCGGGUUACGUGGAGGAGGCGUGCACCAUCCCCUGCCCAUUUGACUGCAGGCUGAGUGACUGGUCUAUCUGGGGACCCUGCAGCGCCCGCUGUGGCGUGGGCGUGAGAACUCGCUCCCGUUGGCUGAAGGAGAAGCCCCACAAUGGAGGCCGCCCGUGCCCCACGCUGGACCUCAGGAACCAGGCUCAGGUGCAUGAGACGAUGCCGUGCUUCGACGAAUGCCACCGCUACUCCUGGGCUGCCGGGCCCUGGUCUCCGUGUGAGAUCCCUGGAGACCCCACAGCCCUGCUCUGUGGGGAGGGGCUGCAGACGAGGAAGGUCAGGUGCGUCAGAACGGUGGGGGAGAGUGGCGGGGAGAUGGUGGAUCGCACCCUGUGUGACCAGACAGAAAUUCCGGCCGGAGCCCAGCGCUGCAUCCGCUUCUGCCCCAGCCAGUGCGUCCUGUCCCACUGGGAGCCCUGGAGCCCAUGUCCACAGCCCUGUGACCCACGCACUACACAAAGGAGGACCCGGCACGUGCUGAGACCUGCCCUGAGUGGAGGAACCUGUGCAGGAGAUGUGCAGCUGAGACCUUGUGUGCUCAACGAGAAUUGUUUCCAGCAUCAGUACAACCUCACGGAGUGGAGCACCUGCCAGCUGUCAGGAAACACUGCCUGUGGCCAUGGCGUCCAGACCCGCCUGCUCAGCUGUGUGCGCAGCGAUGGAGCGAUUGUUGCCACUGGCUUCUGUGAGGAGCUAGGCCUGACCAAGCCCUCGCCUCUGAGCUCACGCUGCCUUGUGGAGUGUGUGGUGGACUGCCGCCUCUCCCCAUGGUCUUCCUGGUCCCAGUGUUCCCAGUCCUGCGGCCUUACAGGUCACAUGAGUCGCACGCGCCAGGUCGUCCUGCAGCCUCAGGGAGAGGGGCGACCCUGCCCACCGCGGCUCAGCCAGAUCAAGCCCUGCCCUGUGAAGCCCUGCUAUGCCUGGCUGGUUGGAGGGUGGUCCCCCUGCACCGUUGAGGGCGGAGACUGUGGGGAAGGGCUCCAGAGCCGGACACUGACCUGUGUGGUCCACAACGCCUCUCUCACACCCUCCGCACCGCCAGUAGAAGAGGUCCUGUGUGCCCGAAUACCCCUGCCCGAGAGCCCCCUGCAGCGGCUGUGCUCGGUGCCUUGCCCAGGUGACUGCCACCUGGCUGAGUGGACCAGCUGGAGUGCGUGCGAGCUGACGUGCCUAGAUGGCAGGAGCUUCGGGGCUACCGGCCACCAGUCACGUUCAAGAGCGUCCAUCACCCAGGCCCUCAACAACCGAGUCAGCUGCCCUGAGCAAGUCCUAGAGACCAGACCCUGCACAGGAGGGAAAUGCUUCCAUUAUGAGUGGAAGUCCAGCCUCUGGAGAAACAAUGAACGGGCCGUCUGGUGCCAGCGCUCUGAUGGCAUGAACGUCACAGGCGGAUGCUCCCCACAGAGUCGGCCAGUGGCAGUGAGGCACUGCCACCCAGACUGCAGGAAGCCCUUCUCCUACUGCACCCAGAAUGGAGUGUGCGGUUGCAAGCCAGGUUACACGGAAAUCCUGAGAUCGAAUGGCUUCCUGGAUUAUUGCCUGAAAGUCUCGAGCUCUGGGGACAGGAAGGCCGAUGUUAAAACCAGCACUGCCAAGAACAAGCCCGUGAACUCGAAAAUACGUGAUAUUUUCAGAACCUGGUCUCUCCACCCAGUUGAUGCGGAUGGCAGAGUCAAGCUCUGGGUUUAUGGCAUCUCGGCUGGUGGCAUCCUUCUGGUACUUCUCCUUACAUUCUUGUCCUACCUUGUCUGCAAGAAGCCAAGCCAACAUCAAAGCCCGGCUCCCCAGCAGAAGCCCCUGACCCUGGCCUAUGAUGGAGACGUCGACAUGUAGUGGGAAAUGGAGACCAAAUGCUGACCUCAACUGCCUUAACUGCUUUCUCUUGUGUAGCCCUCUGCCCGCUCAGGAUUUACCAGGACUGAGUCUCCGGGUGCGGGACCCGGGGAGGAAUAGAAAUAUUCCAGGCAUGGUUUUGCCUUGAGUCAAUUUGAGCACAGUCAAAGAUCUUUCCAUCUCGCUCUUUUUCAUCUUUCCCCCCUCCCCUUCCAGAGGGACCGGAAACUAUGUUGGAAAACGGGAAGAAGAAAGCGCGGCAUCUGCCCCGCUCUUCUUGAGCUCACUGACCAACAGAUGAUCCUGCUGGGGCCGGCUUGAAGACAUCCACUGUCAGUGGCCGAGCCACCCUGGACCCAGGAUCUGCACUAUAUUAGUGCCUGAUUCCCACCCACCCCUGGUCCAUCCCUCCAAGACUUGCCGAUGUGGCCUACGCGCUCAACCCUGAUGAUGAACUCGCCCCACCAGUGGACACAAGGAAGUGGGUCUCGGUGAUGAAACUCUCAGAGUUUGGGCGCCGACAGUGAUGCAUUCAGAAUGUGAGCCCCGGGUAGGAGACAAGAGUGGCCUUCUGACUCCUCUACUAGCAGGCCAGAUGAUGGACCCUAACCCGGGCUGUGUGACAAAUGGGAUGAGAAGAGAAAAGCCAGGAGAAAGAGUGUGGGGAGAAGACUGAAUUAUCACCAUUGAAUUUCAACUCAGACUGCUCCGUGCAGCGACAGCAUUGGAUGGGGACACACACACACACAUACACACACACACACAAACACACACACACAGACCUCUGUAAUUCCAUUUAAUUACUACCGACUCCUGCUUUUUGUAAUUUCAAUUUUCGUACCUGAAUAUUUAUAACUUUUUUUAAUUUGAUUAUCUUCUGACUUCAUUUACUAUACAUCGACCACGAAUCCUGUUUGUAAAACGUCUUGCUUUUCUUAAAAUUUCAACACUUCUGAAAGGUUGCCUACUCCUCAGAAGUAUUUUUGAGGAAUGCUAGUUUGUGAUCGUGGAUGUUGGAAGUCAAGAAGGGCCACCUUGAGGUUUCCCCCUGUAUUUAUGACAAAUAAAAGACAGGAGAGAUUGAGGCUCGGGAGAUUCCACUGGCA